CGGUCUCGAACAUGGAGCCAUCAUUCAUGUAAAUCAACAUGACUGGAUGGUAUGGCGUACGCAUAAUAUAUCGUCACGGUGAUUGUCCUCUUUUCUAGGGGAGACUACAUACGGUGCAUGCUCCUUGUCGUUGCAACUCAACUGAAAGUUUGAAAUUGAAUAAUCUGUUUGCAUGCUCGGUGCUAUAUCUCGAGAUUCCUAGUUAUGUAAUAAUAUCGCAACUCAAGCUUUCGAGUAAGUACUGCCACUCGUGCUCACGGCGUCACGAGAGUGACGAGACUACGUUCUAAUACGCGAUCACCUGAUACGCAGUUGAUCUCACCUUGCGACUACGAAAAUUUAAACGGAAUGAAGUCUGACGUAGGAUUCCUCUCUCUCGCUGAAGAACUCCAGCUGUACAUUCUGCGUUUCCUUCCCUACCGAGAUAUUCUUCGCUGCACAUCUGUGUGUAAGGCCCUUCGCCAGGCAUAUGUGUCCUCCUCCGAACUUCAGUACAUCGUUGAACUCGGCGGCCAACAUUUGAUUCCCAUCUCCAAUACGGACUCAGACAACCACACACCUGUUUCCGAGCACCUACAACACUUGAGGGACAGAGCUCACGCUUGGUUCAGGGUUGACAUCCACUCUGCCAAAACAGUUCCUAUACCAGAGCUUUUUCUCUAUGAGGAGAGUUUCAUAGCCAAUGGACAUCUUUACUCGUGGGACUCAGACGAUGACACGGCCACGAUCAUUCCAAUACUCCCAAAGCCCUCACAACAAAUAAUCGAGCGUAACUGGUCUCCAGGAACGCUGUGUACAGUUCCAAACUCAACCAACCUCUGUGUGUUGAUGGACCCAGCACAAAACCUGAUCGCCGUCGUCUAUUUCGAUGAUGAGGAGACAUUAUAUGUCAACCUUAGAGCCUUGGAUGACGAUAGUUUUCACCCCAAAGCUGCUGGACCAACAUUGUUUCUGUCGGAGCUUCCCGGAUACGACAACGAUGUGGAUUCAGAGAGUGUGAAGCUCAAGGUUAUGGGGAGGCAUAUCGCUCUGCAACGUGCUGCUUCAGACUGUGACAUGUGGCAGGUGCAGAUUUGGGACUGGCAGCACUCGACAUCAGAUAUUAUCCUCAGCGGCGAUUAUCCACACGAGGUUGAUUUUUGUUUCCUCGGAAACGAUAGAUUGCUCGUUGUCGCUGACAAUUUGAAGCUCUUUUCAAUCGAGGAUAUGUCCAAGACACCAGAAUUACUGGCGUCUUUUGUGCCGCCCGUUCAACUGUUGGAAACACGUCUCCUUCCCUCGGACGGUAUUUCGUGUGGCUCACAACCGCAAAUGCAAGCCCAACCAACGAUGUACACCUCAGAUCCGAAACACCAGCUACUCUGCAUUACAACGUUCGUGAAUGCGUCGUUUGUCGUCUAUGUCAUUUCUACCAGGAUUUUCUUCGAUCUUGUUGAAAUGGCAGUAGCGAUGCCAAUACCGUGGAAAUGCUGGGGUCCCUUAAACACUCGUAUUUUCCGGUGCCCACUAGAACUCGACGAAUGCAGAGUUCACCUUAACGGAAGUCGAGUUUUGCUGUUAUUCCGAGUCCGCAAGUCACUCUCGAAACGCAAGCCAAUAUGGAAUUGCAAAUAUAAGUUAUGUAUCAUGGACUUCAGCCCGCUAGCUGUGACGAACAGGCGGGGUCUAGGGCAAGUGGUGACAAAGCCAUCUACGCUAAACGUCACUGAUCCAAAGUACAAGCGUAACGGUUGUGAGGAGCGCUUGAUGACUUUCCUGCCUUACGUCAAGGUCGUAUUGGACAGAAAGUUCAGUCUCGACGAUUUAGAAAACAUAUGGUUAGAUAAGGAUAGGAUUUAUUUACUCUCGGACAAGCUCGAGGUCAUUGACGUUUAGAACGGCCCAUGAUAGAUCGUCGACAUUGUUGAGACUAUCUUCCAUCGUCUAUACCUGUCUAGGGGAGACCAUAGUCUAUGUGCUACUUAUACGGAUAUCGGACUUCUCUGAGAUCAUGCCUUCUUGCGUUUUCCAGUCCACUCGGCGAAUGCUCUGAUAGGUGGUCUAAGGCAGUACAUAGAGUCUAAAGGUUAAACGUUGAGUAUUGAAACCUGGCAAUGAUCUAUCUUCCCAACCAGC